UGCUACUGCUUCACGGUCUUUCCCAGCUACUUGUGUACUUUACGUCAAUCAAAAAUAUUUUGUGCAGUCAUUGUCAUCAGAGAGAAAUUGUUAUUAUGGCAAAAAUUUGGAUGUGUCAUUGAUUUAACACAAUCGUCUCAUUUGCCGGUGCAGCCGAAUUCCUGAAAGGAAUCUAAAAUUUGACUUGGCUUCUGCCUGUGGAGGUUAAGUCCCCACCUACUUACUCUUUUUGACUGAUUUGUCUGAUACAAUGCACUCUUUAUCAAAAUAGUAUGUCAGUACUAUCUGUUUGGUUCCAAGUUAUGUGAAGCUUACUUUAAAUCCUGGUUUAUUCUGCUGGAAACAUGCGGCGGGCGAAACUAGCUGCUGGAUCUGUUCCAGCGGGAUCGUUGCCAACAAGUUCAUAUGUGGUACCUCGGUGCUUUGUUUGCGAUGAGCCUAUCAAAUCUCAUCGCUUUAGCACAUCACUGUUGGCAGGACGAACUCAAUAUACUCAUUCUCCAUUGCCAACCAAAAUUGGUGGAUACAUAGGUGAUGAAUUUGUAGUUGUUGUCACUCCUCAAGAUGCAUUAUGUAAACAUUGUAUGGCUCUUAUAAACACCAUGGACCGUUUAGAGCUUGAGCUUCGUCAGCAUCGAUACACAUUAACGCAACAUCUAAAAACUAAAUAUAAAUUAGAUGAACCUACUGCUGUGUCAACUACCAAGAAGUCUGAGAAUGCUCAUGUGGAGGAAGUCCAAGAUGAACCAGAGAUAAUUGAAGUGUCUGAUGAGGAAUGGACACCAAAUUCCACACCACACAAGAGACAGCGAACUGAGUCUAGUAAACAACACUGUUGCACCAUUUGUGGUGCCACUUACACAAACUUAAGUCUUUUCAUGGCGCAUCUAAGUCGCCACAAGCAAAUAUCUUCCAAGACCAAGGCUACCUCAGUACCUGUUUUGUCUACAGUGAAGACUUAUGUGUCUGAAACUUCUAGUCAAGGAUUAAAAUUUAAAUGUGGGUGUUGUUCAGAAUCUUUUCCCACCAAGGAAAGUCUGGCCAUUCAUAUGCAGCAGCACACUGUGACUCAAGCAAAGCCUAAAGCAAAUUCUGCUCUUUCUCCAAAUGUGAGUAAAUCAAAUAAUGAGAGUACCUUGCUGGAGAUUAAGUCUGAACCAGUAGUGCAAACUUCAUCAUUGUUUGAAGACAUUGAAGAGUUGUCUCACCAUGAACCUCAAGCUCAAGCUCUCGGAUCUGUUGGAGUGUGCACAGAAGAACAGAAAGGAAGAGUUUGUCUGUUAGCAUUACUGAAUAAUGGUGUCUGCUCCGAUUUGUCUCACCGAGCUCCAGCCUCAGGCUCACUUCAAAAUUCUCCACAGAACUCAAGUGUGCUCAAUGAAUCAAAAGUGAACGUUUCUGCUGGAGAUCAAACCAUAUCUAUUACUGUGUCAAUUCCUAGUUGUUUGGAUGGAGGGCCAAUGAUGGAGCAGCAGCUCUCCAUCCCUGCUGUGUCUCAUCAGUCUAGCAAUUCAACUUGUCUCUCAUUUCCUGUGACUUUUACCAAUUCACCAGUGACCUCUACUUUAGUCAAUACUUCAUUCUCUGUGAUAGAUACCCAAAUCAACAAACUCCAGGAGAACAAUUUGAAUACAUCAAACCAAAAUGCCCUUGAGAACCACUCUUCUAGCUUGCAAAAUAAUUGCCUAGAUUUGCCUGAUUUGUGUGAUCCAUUUCCUGAAGUAGCAAACCAAGUAGCUCAAAACUCUCCUGAACUUGUGACUAAAGGCAACAAUAGUAAGAAAGCGUCUCCAGCAUGGGGUCGCAAGAUUCUAGUAAAAAAUAUAACUGAUCAUGCUGUGAGCACUCCCACUUCCAUAAUGCCUUCAAGUAGGUUAGUUCAAAGUAUGGAUAUGCCGUCCCUUCUAGAAGAAGACAUGCUUCCAAACGAAGACAGUAAUCAAGAAACAUUUCGUUUGGCAUCAGGCGAAGUCCGCACGUUCGAGUCUGGAAAAAACACUGAAAGUUUAGGAAGGAUUAAUACUUCUUCUCAACCUGACUUGACGGGAAGUUUGAACAAAAAUGGAACUGAUUCUGUUAAAAAUAUAGCAAUUGUCAGUGUUACAAGUGUCCAAGUCAAUAAGGAUAGCUAUGAUGAGAAUAACAUUGUGUCAGAUUGGUUCUAUGCAUCAUCUGGCAAGGACAUAUCUCCUGUUUUAGAAGGCCAGAAAGCAAAGGAUAUAGAUGCACCUGCUGAAGCAUCCUGGUUCCCUGAAAGUGAUCAAAUAUCUGUUUCAGAAAAGUUACACAAUGAAAAAUGCAGUGCUGCGGGGUAUUCCACUGACUCUUGCAUUUCAUCACAGAAGCUAACGACUGAGGGGAGCAAGUUAGCGGACAAUUGAAAAGAAUUAAAUAUAUUUACAUCCUUUGCCUUUGAUCGUUUGUGGAGAAAAAAUAACUUGUGUCUACUUCUUCAAAAAUGACUUUUUCUGACAAGCGCCUCGAUUCUUAACUUAUUUUUCUUGUGAUAGCAGUAAACAGCGUUAACUUCAAAGUUUUGAAGUAGUUAUGGAAUGUAUGCUGAAAAGAUUUUGUUUGCUUCUCUGUGGGCACCGCAAGUUUAAUGAAAAAUGUGUAAGGGAAGCUCGAAGAUUUUUAUUUUAAGUUGUUGAUAUUACAAAGUUACCAUUUUUUUUUGUAAGUUACUGAAAUUGACGCUUCUAUCCUCCUCCUUUCCAGCAUGUAUUUCAUGCUAUUGUAUUUUCUGUCUAUUUCAACAAGAGGAGACUGUAAUAAGAUUGCUGACAUCUAUCAUCUCUCACACCACUAAAUUUGUCUUAUUCUGGUAGAAUACUGUGGAUGCAGUCAAAACGCCACUAAAAUUUGUAAACCUUACUAUUAAUGUAGUCCAUUUAAGUAAUGAACACGUGUGCUUUUCUAGUCUGCAUUUCCUGCAAAAAAGAGUAGUCACUUGAAUUUAACCCUUUUUAAAAGAGGUUUUAAUCUUGAGGUAUUAUGAUUUAUAGUACAAAUUGUUCAAUAAGUCAAGUUAUGGAAAGGUCCUGUGUGACACUUAACAUUAUUGGUGCAACUGUGUGCACAAGGGUGAAAGAAAUUAAAGCAUUUUCACACA